AAGCUUGAGAAACGUAUGCGAAGGGAAGUCCCGCCCAGAGCAGGCCACCUUGGAUUGGUUAUCGCAAAAUCAGGACGCCCGAGUCCGAGAAGAAGAACAAUGAUCAAACGGAACGCCGAGUCCAUUCAGUAUGGUGGAAUAACUCUUCCCAGCAUUGUGCACAGCGAUGAGAGCGUUCGCUAUGCUCACCGGUGUUUCCAAGUGCGUGAUAGUGAUGUCUUCAACCUCACGUAUCCCAAAUCUGGAACAACUUGGAUGCAAGAAAUUCUUACUUUGAUCUAUAGCAAUGGAGAUCCCACAUUCUCACAAUCAGUCCCUUCUUGGGAACGGGUACCCUGGGUUGAACAGAAGUCAGCAACCCAAUACUUGGAGAAUCGACCCUGCCCUCGGCUCAUAAGCUCUCAUUUGCCUGCAACCAUCUUUCCAGAAACCUUCUUCUCUUCGCAGGCUAAGGCUAUUUACACGGUCCGUGACCCCAAGGAUGUCUGCGUAUCGCUCUACCAUUAUGCCAAGAUGUCUUCAUUUCUGGAGUAUAGAGAGGAUUUUGGAGAAUUCAUUGAGCUAUUUUCAACAGGGAAAAUUCUCUUUGGCUCCUGGUUUGAUCAUGUUAAAAGCUGGUUGGCCUACAAGAAUGAGAAAAAGUUUCUCCUUCUGGUCUAUGAUGAAAUGCUAAAGGAUCUGCGUGGCAGUGUUCUUCGCAUCUGUGAAUUCCUAGGCAAGAAUUUGGAUCCUGCUGCGGUUGAGUCAGUGGUAGAAAAUGCUUCCUUUGGGGUGAUGAAAGACAACAAAAUGGUGAAUUACAGCCUGGUUCCUGAAGAUGUGAUGGAUCAAAAGAUCAGCACCUUCCUCAGGAAAGGGAUUUCUGGGGACUGGAAAACUCACUUUACUGCAGAACAGAGUGCUGCUUUCCAUCACCUUUACCAGGAAAAUAUGAAUGGUCUAGAGAUCAAAUUUCCUUGGGAUGAAUUCUAGUGUGGAAACCACCAGGCAACUUGAGGUUUUGGGUGGGGGGAAUGCUGCAAUCCAAAAAUGCCAAUCUUUGUGAACUAGAAUAUUAAAGGCUCUACUCCUGUUAACUACAGUAUAGGAAUCCCAAGUCUCUGCAAUGUUUUGGAUUUCUGGGUGGGUUCAUGCCUUGUGCCCUUAAGUCUCUAACAUAGCCAGAGGGCCUGUGUGUGAAGACAGCAGAAGACAGAACGGUAGAGUUUUUCCUGAACUAUGAAAUCCCAGGUAGUGGCUUCCAUGUCUGAGAGUUGUUUCACAAGCAGCAAGAAAAAAAAAAAUGUCUGGAAAAAGAGUCCUGUUUAGUUUUUCCUUCACAUGCUGUUUUUCUUCAUGCAGAGAUUUUUUAGAACCAUGGAAUAAAUAAAAACCAAAAGUUCU